AUUUUGUUUUAUGAGAAAGAGCUCUCUGCAGUCUUGUUUGUUUUCCUCUCUUCCUCUGCAAAUUUUCUUCCACUUUCUGUUUGUUUCUCGAGAAACAAACAGAGAAAUUCUCUAGGAUUAACACAAGAUAAUUGGAUUGUUGAGUAUUGAGGAUCUGAAGCUGCGUGAGGAAGAGGGCCAGAGGAAAUCCAGAGGUGUCAGAUACAUUUGAAGAGCGACGGAGUAAUUGAUCUUAGCUAAUCUUGAAGAUUGAUUUUGUUUCGUAGAAAAUUUAUGAAGUUGAAGUUCUAGCGAUACAUUUUCUGGAGAUUGGAGCUGUUCUAAGGAGGAACUUGGACGGACUUGCUUCGACGCGGAGGACACCGAUUUCCGGUAUGGGAGAAGAUAAGAAUCUGGGAUGAGAGUGGGCUGAUAGGCAUGAAUGCCAUCAUUUCGUUGAAAAACUGAAUUCCUGCCUACAGACCCCAGGAUUCAAAUAAGCAAGCGCUUGGCCUGAUUUACAGUGUGUUUGGAACUGCAAAAUCCGAGUAAUUCAGAUUUUGGGGAAAAAAAAUGGAAAAGGAAUCUUUGAGGAGCAUCACUAAUAAUAAUAACACCAAAAACGGGGAUGGAACCGAGGCGGAUGGCGGGUUGUUGAGAUCGAGCUCAGAUCCGGCCGGGCAAACUCCGUCAUGUGAUUUCGGGUUGCAUUGGGGAAGCCGGAAGCGGUUGAGGUGUAUGAAGAUGCAGGUCAGAGACGAUCUGUCCGGUUCAGGCCACCGAACCACAGUUCGCGUCGAUCGCCGGGUCGUGAAGGCCGAUAAGGACUCAUCAAACCAGCCAAGUACUGCCGCAAAGACUACUAUUCACGGUAACGGGUACUUUAAUCUCCGUCAACGGCCAGCUUCGCCUCAGCCACCGCAUCCUCAGCGUAUUCUCAGGAACUCUGAGAAUUCCGGUGCUAUGAGAGGGCAAAGCAACGGUGGUGUGAGGGGAUUCGCUUCACCGGACAGGGGUGCGCAUGAUAAGAGAGGCAACCACCACCACAACAACAACAACAACAAUCACAACAAUAAUGAUAACAACAACAAAUCAGCAGCAUCAUCGGAGACGGCUCAUGAUAGCAAGAAAGGAGGGUCAUCCUCCGGGAGCGGCGAGGCGGCAGCAGCACCACCAGUGUGGCCACCGAAAUUCGUGAUUGCUCUAACCAAUAAAGAAAAAGAGGAAGAUUUCAUGGCUAUAAAAGGGUCUAAGCUGCCACAAAGACCCAAGAAACGGGCAAAGCUUAUUCAACGCACCCUCAAUCUGGUAAGCCCUGGCGCAUGGUUAUGUGAUCUGACACUGGAGCGUUAUGAGGUUAGAGAAAAGAAGGUCUCAAAGAAGAGGCCGAGGGGUUUGAAGGCAAUGGGUAAUAUGGAGUCAGACUCAGAGUAAAAGCAAGCUCCUGUGUAAGAGGCAGUAAUGCCUUGUUAAGAUGAUGUGCGAUGUUUUAGAAAUGGUGUCUAGUCAUCAUCAUCACUGAUGAGAGAGAACCAUUAGAGGAUUAAUUUCAGCCAUCUAAUAUAUCUAAUUUCCUUCAAUUUUUCCCUUUUUUGGUGGAUGACUCUCAAAUUUCCUGAACUCGGAUUCGCCAACUCAAGCUUUUGCCCAUUGAAACAACUAAGAUGAGAUAAAUGGGAUGGUAAAAA